AUGUUUGCCACUCGCGUCGUCCUCUCAUCCGCGAUGAGGCGACCUGUCGCUGGUCGAGUGCUGCGACAGCCAGCCCGCCUGCUUGCCACACACGCCGCUAGCUCCACAAAGAAGCCCUGUGCAGACUACAUUUCGCUCUCGCAUCCAGACGGCGACGCUUCUCGAGGCUCCAAGAUCGCCGACACGCUUGACCGUUUUUCACACUCGGUCCUGGCCACCUACUCUCGUCCUCAACUCAUCUUUACCCGUGGCAACGGUCUGGACCUCUACGCUGCCGCCGAUCCCAACACCAACGCCGGCCACACGGAACGCAAAUAUCUCGACUUCUCCUCCGGUAUCGCCGUCAACUCGCUCGGCCAUGCCGAUCCUAAGAUCGCCGAGAUCGCUGCCGAACAGAGCGCCAAGCUCGUGCAUGCCAGCAACUUGUACCACAACGAAUGGUCGGGUGAGCUCGCGGAUCGCAUGGUCACCUUGACGCACCAGCUGGGUGGUCUCGGAUUCCAAAAGGGCUCCAAGCCCCAAGACAACGGCACAGCCGGCCUCAAGGUGUUUUUGGCCAACUCGGGUACCGAGGCUAACGAGGCCGCACUCAAGUUUGCCAGGAAGGCUGCCAAGAACCACGCGAACAAAGGCAGCUCCCAAAAGACGGGUCUUGUCAGCUUCACCAAUGCUUUCCACGGCAGAACGAUGGGUGCGCUUGCCAUGACGCCCAACCCCAAGUACCAGGCUCCGUUUGCUCCUCUGAUCGGAGACGUCCGCACUGGUACUUACAACGACGUUGCUGGUGUCGAGACACUCAUUGACGAAACAACGGCCGGUGUCAUUGUAGAGCCGGUUCAGGGAGAAGGUGGGAUCUAUCCUGCCUCGCUCGAGUUCCUGCAAGCGCUUAGGAAGAGAUGCGACGAGGUGGGCGCCAUGCUCAUCUACGACGAGAUCCAAUGUGGUCUCUUCCGUACUGGAACGCUGUGGUGUCACAGCGACUACCCCACUUGUGCGCACCCGGACAUGGUGACCAUGGCCAAGCCGCUCGCCAACGGCUUCCCUAUUGGUGCAGUGCUCAUGCGUGACAGCGUGGCGAGCCUGAUCGCUGUCGGCGACCACGGUACGACGUUCGGUGGUGGACCGCUGACCAGCCGUAUUGCGCACCACGUUCUUGGGCGUCUUUCGAGCAACGAGUUGGGUGAAUCGAUGAAAGAGUCGUCGCAGGCACUGUUCGGUCGUCUGAAAAAUUUGGUCGCCAUGUUCCCCGACCUGCUGCUCGACGAUCCCAGCGCUGGCAAACCCAGUCCGCGUGGCAAAGGUCUCAUUGCCGGUAUCAGCACCAAAGACGCUUCUCAUGCGGCCAAGGUGGUGCAGCUCGCUCGUCAGCGUGGACUGCUGAUCCUCACCGCUGGAUCGGAUACCAUCAGGAUUCUGCCCAGCUUGACCGUGACUAGGGAACAGGUGGAUAAGGCGGUCGACAUCAUCGAGUCGUGUCUGCUGGUUGUACGCGAUCAGGUGCAGCGAUCGACGCACUCCUCGUCGGUCGACGCUCGUGCGCACGCUGGAGCAGCGGGUCAGCAGCAGCAGCAGAACCAGCAGGUGCGUGCGUUUUCGUCGUCUACUCGAUGCUCGACUGCUGUGGCUCAGGCUAGCGCGGACGAGAUCCAGACGCUGUACACGCACUUUAUCGAGCUUGCACAGUCGUGGCCGAAGGAUGCGCUGCGACCAGAGAUCGAUUUUGGAGCAUCGAUCCGCGCUGCCGCCCAAACUGCGCUUCUCAGCGCCCAAUCUCAGGCGUCGCUUGAUCCGGAACAGGUUCACGCAAAGAAUUCAGCCAUCUCGCCACGCGAUGCUGUGGCCGCAACGAAAUGUCUGACAAAGGCCGAGUUCGAGUACGCCAAAAAGAGCCUUGCUUUGCUGCGCGAGCUCAAGGAGAACAAGGUACAGCUCAAGUAUGCACUACCAGAGAACAUGCUCAAGCCUAAAAGUAUGCCCGAGUACUACGACAGGUUGAAGAGCACCAUCGAUCGUGCAGCUGGCGGCAACAGCGUCGCCAUCGGCUGGACAGAGUGGUUCAGCAGAUUCGUCGGAAGGCAGUGA